UAAGAGGGUAUCGUAAUUGAAUGGUUGGACACGGAAUUCUCUCACACCGAGAUCUCCGUAUCAAUCUUCAGUCUUUCCUUUCCACUUUUCCGUUUGGCUUUCCCCAGCUUACAUGCUCCAAUCAUGAUGUUCAAAAUGCACAUUCUUACGUUCCUGUUUGGUCUUUUCCACCAAACGCUCGCCUUCAAUAAAUCCAGUGUAGAUGAAUUGGCAGCUCAUUUCAGUGAGGCUCUCUCACCUGGGUCUCAAGUCUGGCUUCCCAGUAGUGCUAAUUACACUUCCGCAAUAACUCAAAGAUGGACAAUCUAUCCACCAGCCGAGCCUACAUAUAUUCUUGCCCUGAAGCCAGCGCUGCCUUCUGAUAUUCAAAUUAUUAUUCAAUUCGCAUCAAACCACAAUAUCCCUUUUAUGGCAACAGGAGGAGGUCAUGGAUACUCGGCAACAUUGCACAGUUGCAAGAAUGGAAUCGACAUCGAUUUAGGUUUCUUCCACGAUAUCGAAAUCGACAAAGAAGCAAGCACGAUCACAAUUGGAGGAUCUAUCAAGUUUGGGGAACUCCUAAAACCAUUAUUCGAUGUUGGAAAAGAGAUUCAAACAGGAUUAGCAGAAUGCGUCGGUGUUGUUGGAGCAACAUUGGGUGCAGGGCUCGGACCAUAUACUGGCAUUCACGGUCUAGUAAUCGAUGCUCUGCUGGAGGUGAAGUAUGUCACCGGAAACGGCGAGUUGAUCACAGCAUCUAAGACAGAGAAUCUUGAACUUUUCUGGGGAGCUAGGGGAGCUGGUCAUCAAUUCGGUGUUGUCUAUGAAGCCACAUAUAGAAUACAUGAUGCCACUAAUAAUGGGGAGCUGAUAGUAGCGACCAUGCGAUUUCAUUCGAGCGAUAGUGCAUCUUUGUGGGAAAUAAUGAAGGAUAUUGGAAAUGACCAACCCAGAGAAAUGUCAUUGGCCGUUCAAGUAAACUGGAAUGAUGAUUUCGGUGGUCUCAACAUUGUAGUAAACGCAAAAUGGGUCGGACCGAUGGAAGAAGCCCUCAUCGCGUUUGCUCCUUUUUUAUCCCUCGAUCCCAUCCAAAGAAGCAUAUCCCAAGUCCCCUGGACCUCCAUUUACGGCUCAUCUGUUCUUGGCGGCGGCAGUUCUAGCUGUGAUCGCGGCGCAAAGAGUAGUAAUUGGGCCGUAAAUCUGUACACCAUCUCUACUCCAGCAUUCACCCACACGCUCCAAAAAUUGGCAGAAUUUUACUUUAAUUUUCCUUCAUCAAGAACGAGCGUUUGGUCAAUUGAAAAGUUUGCCAAUUCAGUAACUCUUUCGACACAAGACAAUGAAACGGCAUAUCCUUGGAGGAAUACUACAAUCUAUACAUUCGUCGCUUUGCAAGUAAAUGGCGAUUCUCAAGAUGAUGCUAUAAAUGCUUUUGGUGCUUCUUUCCAAGCCGAGAUGGCUAAGUCUAGUGGGUAUGAUGAUUUGAGGGUCUACAUCAAUUAUGGUCGGGAUGAAGGGGAGGAAGUGUGGUAUAGUGAAGGAAAAUUACCGAGACUGAAGGCUCUGAAAAGGAAGUAUGAUCCAAUGGAGUUAUUUAGUCACUACAAUCCUGUGAAGAUUUCUGAGCAGCCUGAAAAAAGUGUCGAUUAUGGACACUUGGGAAGGGGGCUAAAAUAA